AUGUGUAACCCAGAGUUCAACGACAUAUCCCUCCAACACCGAGGCCGCGUCCUGGCCGCGUUCAGAAGUUCUCUCGAUGAAGACAAUAGCCUCACAAGUGAAAUGCGCCUUGCCAUCGCAAUGGUAAUGUGCGCAUUGGAAACAAUCUCAGAUGGAACGAGCGUGGGUUGGACAUGUCAUGUUGCUGGUGCAGCAGCAUGUCUCGACUCAAUCCGAUCGUCAAGAAACUUGAGCUUUGAAGCAAAGUGGCUACUUCGGUUUUUCGCCUAUCACGAUAGCUUGACAAGUAUAUCGCUGGAUCGGAAGCCUUUAUUGACGGGCGAUUACUGGAUGUCGAGCGAUGAUGCACUGGCAGAUCCAUAUUGCGCUUAUGCUCCGAGGAUUAUUUUCUACCUAUCCGAGAUAAGUGUCUUGAGCACAAUCGAAUCUGACGAAGAGAUGCUACAGAAGGCGUACGAAAUUGCUAAUGGUCUUGCAGAGUGGAAGUGCAAGGCUGGCAUCACGAGCGAUGAGCCUCUUGCCCUGUUGAGUGAGACAUAUCGCGGUGCGGCGUUCAUAUACCUCGAGUCAGUUCUACGAAAACGGUUCUCACAACAUAUUGUGGCGGAAGUAGUACCAGGAGGGAUUGCGACGCAUAUUGAGGCUAUAUCUAGCCUGUCAGACAGGAUACCCCAAGGCGCAUUCGCGGAAUGCUCUUUACUGUUUCCUCUUUUUGUUGCUGGAAGUAGAGCUGAGAAUGCAAGACAAGCCAGUGUCAUCAGAAAAAGAUUGGUGGCAAUGAAUAAGUGGAGGAAGUUCAAGAAUGUUGAUGCUUGUGUUGAUGUUCUUGAUGAGAUUUGGACAGUCAACGGACCGAGGGCAGUUGCAUGGCAGGACGUGUCAAAGCAUCGUGGUUGGAACUUGGCUUUGUUUUGA